ACGGUUGCUUGGUAUUGGCAAGCGGCAAGUAUGGCGGCGGCGGCGCGCGUCGACGCGGCUUUGCCUCCCGGGGAGGGAUCAGUGGUCAAUUGGUCAGGGCAAGGACUACAGAAAUUAAGCCCAAACUUACCUUGUGAAGCUGAUAUUCGUACUUUGAUUCUGGAUAAGAACCAGAUCAUUAAAUUGGAAAAUCUUGAGAAAUGCAGCCGAUUAAUACAGUUGUCAGUGGCUAAUAAUCGGCUGGUAAGGAUGAUGGGUGUGGCCAAACUGACCCAACUACGGGUGUUGAAUUUGCCUCAUAAUAGCAUUGGCUACGUGGAAGGACUCAAGGAACUAGUACAUUUGGAAUGGCUGAAUUUGGCAGGAAAUAAUCUCAAGGCCAUGGAGCAAAUUAAUAGCUGCACAGCUCUGCAGCACCUUGAUUUAUCGGAUAACAACAUACCACAGAUAGGUGAUCUGUCUAAACUGGUAUCUCUCAAGACCCUGCUUUUACAUGGAAAUAUCAUCACCUCUCUCAGAAUGGCACCUGCUUAUUUACCCAGGAACCUUGCUGUACUUUCCUUGGCAGAAAAUGAAAUCCGAGACUUAAAUGAGAUCUCUUACUUGGCAUCCUUAACCGAACUGGAGCAGCUGUCGAUCAUGAACAACCCUUGUGUGAUGGCAACACCAUCCAUUCCAGGGUUUGACUAUCGACCCUACAUUGUCAGCUGGUGCUUAAACCUCAGAGUCCUAGAUGGAUAUGUGAUUUCUCAGAAGGAAAGUUUGAAAGCUGAAUGGUUGUACAGUCAAGGCAAGGGGAGAGCUUACCGACCCAGUCAACACAUCCAGCUCGUCCAGUAUUUGGCUACUGUGUGUCCUCUCACGUCCACAGUGGGUCUUCAAACUGCAGAGGAUGCCAAGCUAGAGAAGAUUCUGAGUAAGCAGCGGUUUCAUCAGAGACAACUGAUGAGUCAAAGCCAAAAUGAAGAAUUACCUUCUCUUGCUCCUAUUGAGACACGGUUAUCCCAAGUAUCUGGGCAUUCGAGUCCGGUUCAUGAUUGCCAAGUAGUUCAGGAAAGUGAACCUGUCAUCCAAGUCAAUUCUUGGAUUGGGAUGAGCAAUAAAGACGACCAGUUGUAUGCUGUUAAGAGUAACAUUCCAGCCUCUGUACAAGCAAGGUACUCCCGAAACGACCUGCACUUGGAAGACAUCCAGACGGAUGAGGACAAGCUGAACUGUAGUCUUCUCUCUUCAGAGUCUACUUUCAUGCCAGUUGCGUCAGGGUUAUCCCCAGUCUCGCCCACAGUUGAGCUGAGGCUGCAGGGUAUUAACUUGGACCUCGACGAUGACGGCGUUGCAGGGGAAUCUGUGAAAGGACUAGAAAGCCAGGACUUGGGAAAGGAAGAGGAAAAGGCUUUAUGGGCCACAAACGAGAAUUCUGUUAAAAUAAUGCAAAGUGAGAUCAGUACAGAGGGACAUGACAGAACUGGGCUGUUACCAUGUGCUGAGCCAACAAUAACCAGUGUUGUCUUAAAAGAAGACAGCCCUAAUCUCAGACCUUUUCCUGAGUCAGUGAGACACAGUGUCUCCCACACACCACCAGAGGGUGAAGAAACGACACCUCAAAUAGCUUUAGAGAAACUUUCCUGUAGGAUUUUAACUCAGAGACCAGUUGCUCUGGGGCAAGACGACGUCAACCUCCAGAGAUUGAAUGAAGCAGCAACCAAGCUUCAGGCUUGUUGGCGGGGCUUCUAUGCCCGGAACUACAAUCCUCAAGCUAAAGACGUGCGAUACGAAAUUCGGCUGCGUAGAAUGCAGGAACACAUUGUCUGCUUAACGGAGGAAAUAAGAAGAUUGAGAAAAGAAAGAGACGAAGAGCGCGUGAAAAAAUGUGUGCAAGAAGAAGCCCUCAGAUUCCUGUGGAACCAGGUAAGAUCUCUACAAGCGUGGCAACACAGCGUGGACCGACGCCUCCGUUCCUGGCAGACGGAUGCUCCUGUUUCAAGCACUCUCCUGCCGCCUAACCCGUCCUUCUGGGCUGAACGUCAGGGGCCCUCUUCUGACCGGCUCCCUGUUCCGGGUGAAGCUGCGCAGGAGAAAUCCUUGCCAGACUUUCCAGACUCCGGUUUCCAUUCCUCCCUUACAGCACAAGUCCACUGUUUACAAGAUUCUUUGGAGUUUGAAAAAUGCCCCACUGAAGGCAGUGACAGUUUGGUAAUGGGGAAUUCCAUUGACACAGUCAAAUACGGUAGGGAAGCGGAUUCAGGGGAUGCGAGUGAGGAGAAUGGUGGAUGGAGUAAGGAGAGCUCACACAACGAGCAAGAUAAUAGUUUGCUUGAACAGUACUUAACUUCAGUCCAACAAUUGGAAGAUGCUGCUGAGAGGGCAACUUUUGAUGAAGGAACAGGAGAGAGUGAGCUUCACAGAGCUCAUUCCAUGGAAAAACUAGAUGCCGUGUCUGAUAACGUGCCUGCCGUUGAGACUGACAGUGUAGUAUCUCCCUUGUUACAAGAUGAGAUGAGCCAGGCACCAGAGAACUGUAAGCUCAAUGCGGAUGUUCCAGGGCAGCCGCCGGAAUGUGACUCUGCGUUUCAGGUAUUGCAUGUUGGGAUCACUGUGUAGCAUGUCCGGUUGCGAAGCAGAAAGCCACUUUGUUUUACCAUGUUUUCACUUGCCUGUUCCCUAUUUGUUUGUACAGCACAGUCCUUCCCUGGUUCUGUUGGUGUGUAUCUAAGGUUGCAUCUUGGCUCGUGUUUCCCAGCUCCUACUUGCUAAGCUUACUCUUCACUUUGAUUCUGCUUACCAUGAUUACCUGGAAUGCACCAAAUAACAUUUACCUUGAGAGCAAUUUGCACUUUAUUUCUUAACAAUUGAAUUGCCUCAGUCAUAUUCAUGUUUCUUGUAUGUGCUCAGAUUAUUUCCUUUCAAAAAUAAUUAACCUCAAGUAUCUUAAAUAAAAAUAGGAAAUUUUUAUCUUUAAGAUAUAAACAAUGUUGAUUCUUUAUAUGAGGAAAUGAAUCAUGAAGUAAGGAAUGUAAUUGUUAAAACGAAUAUAAUGACACAUUUGAGGAUGAUGAAUUAUUGAAAGUUUUUACUUGUCUUGGAGUGAGAACAUGUCUUCUUAAACCUUUUUCUUCCCUUAAGAAUAAGGAAAUCCUUCUUAGGAGCAAAUUUAAGAAGAAAAGAGAAGAUAGAAUUCCUCAGUGGGGAUAUCAGCGUAAAAGUGUUCCCUGCAGGCUGUAAGUCGGGCUUACUGAGCUAGCACAAGAACAUUUCUCUAGUGAUGAAGAAAGCAAGUGCUAGGACUUGUUCUUGGGAUACUGUCACAGCAAACCUUUUUUCAUUUAGCGCUUCUAUUACCCUGCAGAUCAAUAGGCCAAUGUAUUUCCAGAAAAAAUUAACAUGUUCAUGUUCUUGCUUCAUGCUUGCAUUUGCCCACCUAUUUCAGCAGAAGGUUGAUGGCCAUUCACUUCACUCUUGACCUCUGCCUCCGUGGUGAAGAACAUUAAAAGUAAUACUAGUGACAGAAUAUGAAUGUCUUUUUUAAAAUAAUGAACAAAGAAGUAUUUUCUAUCUAAAAUGCUGAAAACGUGCCACAUUUAGAAUAAGGUGUAAUGAUAGUUAAGGAAAAAAUUAACCACUUGUUUUUUGUUAAAGAAAAUAUAUCUGUGACUUCAGGAAGACAUGUUAAGAUUCUGUUUAAAUAUUGUAGGAAGAUGCAUUUGCAAAUGAAAGAUGCUGUUUGGAAAGUUAAUAUUUUAAUCUUUGAGAAUGUCCUGAGACUAUUGAACAACAUAUCUCUGAUUUUCCCGAAACGAUGAACGUAUAAAUACGGCAAUACCGAAGUGUUCUCUAAAUGUAGGUGCUAAAUGUCUACUCGUGAGUCUGUUGCCAUCACAAAGUUCCCUUCUUUGAAGUGAUAUGAAAUACAGACUUGUGAUUCUUCAAGAAUAAAAUCAGGGAUCCCAUGUUCUGCUUUGUCUCCAGCUCGGUGGGUGUCUUUUUCUGGACUUGGACGUGUGUAGCACUCAGGUUGAGAAGGCUUGGGUUUCAUCCAGACAGCCAGACGCUCUUGCACAGGAAAUGUCUUCUGUACUAUUACCAAAAGAGCAGUCUUACCUUCGAAAGGAUUUUCUCUCGUAAAGCUUGUAUAGAGCUAGUUGAAUGCAUGUGAAAUUGAGAUAGGAUUUUUUACUUUGAGAAUAAUGCUAGUUAUCUUUUAUGAUGAUUUUGAAUUUAUUCUUAGAUACACCCUAUUUUUCUAUUUUACAGUUAAGUGCCUCAUUUGCUGCCCAUUGUUAGACAAAGAGAAACCAAUUUGCACUGCACCAGCACCAAAGUGCUACUUCAUGGUCCAUUACUUUCCAUAAAAGCCGCUGAAGUGUCAUGGUUCAGUAUUACCUGCGUAGGUGGCCACCAACAUCCUCUCACACCUCUCCUUUUUUAAGAAAUAGUGAAACACAAGUAAAUUUGAACAUGAGCAUUAUCAACAGACCUAA